UACAUAGUCCACGAAAUGAAAUGAUUCCUGGGAUCGACCCAGAAGCCUAAAGGGGGAAGAAGGAGAGUUUAUAAAGCACUAAUGGUAAAAGGGGUUCAAGGAAAAGGUUCGUGAUUGAUUGUGUUCCCCGAGUCGAAUUAUUCUCCGCUCGCAACUCUUCUUCCACAUGGGGUUGAUCGAUUGAAUUUGCUGCUGCUGCUGCUAUUUCCGUGGCUUACGCGGGUGGGGCUUUCGGAGCAAAAAUUGGCUGCGGAGUUUAAAGUCAAAUGGCGCAAUGUUUACGCACUAGCUUUCGUGGAAAUGGGAAUUUUUUGUUUGAGGCAUGACAGAGAAGAUGAGAUCACUUUCGAACUGAUCGAGACAUCAUCAGAAUUCCUGAUCUUAGGUCGAGACUCGCUUUAUUCAUACCGUAUCUGGCUUUAGGGUUUCUUUCUUUAGCGAUAGGUCUUUGGUGUUUGUUUUAAAAGGAUUGGGUUGGGUUCUUCUGGGGAGUUAAAUUUAUCACCGCACUUUGUGAAGUUUGGAGGGCGGAAUUCGGGUGAUUGAGCAAACUAUGAUCAAGCAAAUAUUGGGUAAGCUUCCCAGGAAGAACUCAAAAUCUGCUGGGGAGUCUAAUUCCUCUUCGAGUUCGUCGGCUGCUUCGAGGAAAAGUGGAGGAAAUCGGAGAUUAGGAAAUGCUAGUGACGAAAUAAUUUCAGCCCCGCAGUCGGUUUUAAGCAGCGGAAGUAAUUCAGAAGACAAGGUUGUUAGAGAUAAGGGGGGGUUCAGAAGAUUGAAUGGGAAUUUAGAUUCUGUGCCCUAUGAAGCAUUGCCGAGUUUUAGGGAUGUUCCGACUUCUGAAAAGCAGAACUUGUUUAUUAGGAAGGUGAAGAUGUGUUGUGUUGGAUUUGACUUCACCGAUCCUACGAAGAACAUUAAAGAAAAAGAGAUUAAGCGGCAGACUUUGUUGGAGUUAGUGGAGUUCAUCACUUCUACAAAUGGGAAAUUUACGGAAACUGCAAUGCAGGAAAUUGUCAGAAUGGUAUCGGCGAAUAUAUUUCGAGAGUUUAUGCCUCAGCCGAGAGAGAACAAGUUAAUAGAUGGAGUCGAUUUGGAAGAAGAAGAGCCUGCAAUGGAUCCAGCUUGGCCUCAUCUGCAAGUUGUGUACGAAUUUUUUCUAAGAUUCAUCGCUUCGACUGAAACUGAAGCAAAAAUUGCCAAAAAGUAUAUCGAUCAUUCCUUUGUUCUAAAAUUACUUGAUCUCUUCGACUCCGAAGAUCCCAGGGAGAGGGAGUAUUUGAAAACCAUACUGCAUCGGAUUUAUGGGAAAUUCAUGGUGCACAGGCCAUUCAUCAGGAAAGCUAUCAAUAAUAUAUUCUAUCAUUUCAUAUUUGAGACGGAGAAACACAAUGGUAUUGCUGAAUUUCUUGAAGUGCUCGGCAGCAUAAUUAAUGGAUUCGCUUUGCCUCUCAAAGAAGAGCACAAACUCUUUCUUGUGCGGACGUUGAUUCCCUUGCACAAACCCAAGUGUUUGGCAAUGUACCAUCAGCAAUUAUCCUACUGUAUUACACAAUUUGCUGAGAAAGACUGUAAGCUUGCUGAUGUUAUUAUCACUGGACUUCUGAAGUACUGGCCGGUGACCAACAGCUCGAAAGAAGUUCUGUUUCUUAAUGAGCUAGAAGAGGUCUUGGAAAUCACACAAGCUCCGGAAUUCCAACGUUGCAUGGUGCCUUUAUUUCAUCAAAUUUCACGCAGCAUGAACAGUCUGCACUUUCAGGUGGCGGAGAGGGCUUUAUUUUUGUGGAACAACGAUCACAUCGAGAACUUGAUCAAGCUAAAUCGCAAGGUUAUACUCCCCAUCAUCUUCCCUGCACUGGAGAAAAAUGCAAGACAGCACUGGAACCAGGCUGUCCAUAGCUUGACCCUGAAUGUCCGCAAGAUUUUCUAUGAUCUCGACCCUGACCUCUUCAAGGCCUGCCAAGUGAAGUUCGAAGAAAAUGAAUCAAAGGAAGCUGAGAUCAGAGAGAGACGUGAAACCACAUGGAGACGUCUUGAAGAACUUGCUGCGAAGAAUGCCCCAAACAAAGCUGCCGUGCUUGUUCCUUGAAACAGAACAUCAUAUCAAGGUUCUUAUUUCUUUCCUUAACGGAUUGCACUCACUGUGGUAGCCGACGCAAAGCGAGACAUGCCGACUUUUAGUUGCAUAUAUGUAUAUAUGCAUAUAUAUAUAUAUAUAUAUUGGUAUGAACCUAGUGUUUAAAGACAGCAGGGAUUCGUUGAUUUUACAUACAGUAUGAUAUAUUGAAAACAUUGACUGGAAUUUGGAAGACGUCGUCUAAUCUGUUGGUUGUUUUUGUGACAUUUGCGUGAACUUAAUUAAUUGUCUCUGUAAUCAAUCCUAUGAUUGUACAACACAUGGAAUUGCUUGGCUUCGUCUAUUGAAUAUGCUUUGCAUCCUGCGUGUUGAAUUUAUCAUUGUUAA